ACUAAUCAAGUCUGUUAUUUUUCUUACUACACUCAUUUAGAACAAUCGCGUCGAGAUGAUAUGGAAUCCCUUGGUUACGUCCUCAUGUACUUCCUUCGCGGAUCAUUACCGUGGCAAGGUCUAAAAUCAGUCAAUAAACGUCAGAAAUACGAACGUAUUUGUGAAAAAAAGAUGGAAACCUCUGUCGAGGCUCUUUGUGACGGCCAUCCCUCUGAAAUGGCAGAAUAUUUGAAUUACUGUCGAGGGCUAAACUUUGAGGCAAAGCCUGAUUACUCACAUUUGCGUCGCUUAUUAAGAGCACUUUUCAAAAAGAACCACUUCACACACGACAUUGUAUUUGAUUGGAAUCUCCUUCAAAUAUCUGGAAAUGAAGCAGGGGGUGCUGCUGCUAGUCAGGCGGUUGCAACUGGUAAUGGAACCACUGGUCUUGAAAGCGGAGUCCAGCAGAUGAAAAUUUCUGCAGGCAACGGACAUCAUCUUAGCAAUACAAAGGAUGAUGAAAAGACAGACCAGUCACAAAAUCAAAUGCUGGGGAUUAAAUUCGGACAACCAGCCGUGGCUAAUAUUCAACCCCCUACACAGCAAGUAAAACUUUAUACACACAUCCUGGCGCAACAGCAGAAAGCUCAACAGGCCCAGCAACGAAGAUUGGUUACCCAUCCGGGACAGCCUAGUGGCGCGGUGCUCUCCUAUCUGCGAUCAAUGAAGACUCCUGGUCCCGUUGCUGCCGAUUCCUCGAUGCCACAGCAACAAGUUAUAUCUCAAUCUUCCCCCUGGAAUGCCAACAAUUCAGCCGUAGCACCGAUGUGUUCGGGUCCUUCAAUUCUUCCCACACCUGAUCCCGGGCAACUCUGCUCCCCCGGCCCACCUCCACAGUAUCCCGAUCGGAGCAUGGCUGGUCCUGGUGAAUUUCCCACUUUACCUGGCGAUUACAUCAACCUUUUUGCAGCUGCAGUUUUGGCCCCAUCGCGGCAGAAACAACAACAGCACCAAUUUGCUGUCCUUGCGGCGCAACAACAAGCCGCCGCUGUCCAGCAAGCUGUCCAACAAGAGCAGUGGGCUGCUGCAGCCCAUGGGUUUGGUGGUAGUGGUGCUGUUGCUGGCGCUCUCUGGCCCCCCCACCAACAAGCUGCCGCUGUAGCGGGAAUGUCUCUUCAACAGACUCCUGUUGCCGCUGCGCCAUCCCCACAGAAUAAUGCUGCUGCUACUUCUGGAAAUGUCGGUGAUCCCUCAGCACUGUAUCGUCCAGGUUGUCUCCAUUGA